AUGGCUAUUCUGCAUCUGGUUCUUCUGAAGUUCAAGCAGGAUGUCGCUGCAGCUACUCGGCAGAGAUUUGACAUUCGUACCGACACCAUCGUUCGAGUUUCUCCUGGAGCAAAAGAGGUCCACCUGUACUCCCACGGGAAUACGGCAAUACUGAGAAGUUGGGCAUCGAAAACAGGAAUUGCAAGGCUGAAAAAAUGCUACAACGACGAGAGAGAUUGUAGGGAGUACCAGGAAGAAUUUGAAAACAGUCUGCUGAAGCGCUGCACUCAUCUUAAAACACUCGGAGUUGAUGUCAUCCCAUUCAAUGUGUCUUUUAGAGAGACUUCUAAAAAGGCCGGCAUUACAACGGCCAAUGGGCCCGAAAAUCGACUAGGGACCGGACAUACAAUAUCGGGCGAAUGGAUUGAAGAAUUCUCUGGCUACACGGGAUUUAUGGCGCAAAUCAACAGUCAUCUUGAGGGUAAGCUCAAGGUAAAAGUGGCCAUCUUAGAUGAUGGCGUCAACCUGGACGAAAUUGAGGAGGAAAACCAACAAGGGGAUUCCUUUAGUCCAACGCAAGAAUACUGGGUUGGGCCUUGCAAACACGGGACGGCCAUGGCGAAGUGUGUCCGACAGAUCUAUCCUAGCGCAGAACUCAUUAUCGCCCGGUUGGAUGAUUCACGUUCAAAUGAUAGUCAGCAUCCCUUCACUAUUAGGUCAUGUACUCAGGUAUACAUCACAUCACUGUCACCCUACCCAAGCUCCCCAGGGCUAAACAGAGACAUUAUUUCCAUGAGGUGGAGCUUCGCGAGAGAACAAGAUUUCGCAGAUAAUGACAAAGCCGAAUUCGAGAAUCUAGUCAAUGAGACUCUACGAAACGACAAGGCAAACCUUUUUGGUUCACACCCAGAUAAGGGUGUCAAUCACGAAAUAAGUCGAUUCGCCCCAGUCGGUCUGGAUAAUGUCAUCAAGAUCUGCUCCGCUACUGACUAUGGCGCUAUCACCCAAGAGAAUCUCCAUACAAGACCAGACCUUCUUCUCCCGGGCGAAAACGUUGAAGGUGUCUGGAAUGGGGUGCCUACGGUCCGAGGAAGUUCAUUUGCUACUGCCUAUGCAGCAGGAUUCGCUGCCUUGGUGCUGUAUACACUUCAGGCCAACAAGAUAUUCUCCGAGGAAGAUGUGGAAGAUGAUCUUGAGGCAUCCAAACUGGCAUUGGUAAUAGUGAAACGACAUCAAGGAAUGAGAAAGGUUUUCCGGAUCUUGGCCAAGAAAGAUGCGGAGGAUAUAACAGCCCGCAAUUGCUUUGUGCGGCCGAUUUCCGAACUCAAAGUGGAUGACACUUUUGAUGUGGACCUCAAAAAGCAUUUACGGAAAGGUGUAUCUCAAAUAGUUCCCCAAAAGGUCCUGAAGGCCAAAUUCUCAUGA